AUGAAUAUAGACAAUCUACAAUUUAUUAGUAAAGAAAGAAUAUUUAUGAGUGAACCAGUGUUAAUUAGUAUUAAAAUACCAGAUAAUCUACAAAUAAUCAAUGGAAAGAAUAUUGAAAAGAAAAAUAUUAAUGAAUUUAUUAUUCCAUCAUCAAUUAAUAAAUUAGGAAGUUAUUGUUUUAAUGGAUGUUCAUCAUUAACAUCAAUUAAUAUACCAUCAUCAAUUAAAGAAAUAGGAGAUUAUUGUUUUUUAGGUUGUUCAUCAUUAAAAUCAAUUAAUAUACCAACAACAAUUAAUGAAUUAGGAAAUGGUUGUUUUAAAGAAUGUUCAACAUUAAAAUCAAUUAAUAUACCAUCAUCAAUUAGUAAAAUAGGAAAUGGAUGUUUUGGACAUUGUUCAUCAUUAACAUCAAUUAAUAUACUAUUAUCAAUUAACGAAUUAGGAAAUUAUUGUUUUGAAAGCUGUAAAUCAUUAAAAUCAAUUAAUAUUCCAUCAUCAAUUACUAAAUUAGGAGAUAGUUGUUUUUGUAAAUGCUCAUCAUUACAAUCAAUUAAUAUACCAUCAUCUGUGAGUGAAAUAGGAAAUUGGUGUUUUGAAGGAUGUACAUCAUUAACAUCUAUGAAUAUACCAUCAUCUGUUAGUAAAUUAGGAUAUGAUUGUUUUAAAGAAUGCUAUUCAUUAACAUCAAUUAGUAUACCAUCAUCAAUUACAUCAUUUGGAUGGGGAUGUUUUUAUAAAUGUGGAUGUGAAGAUGAAUUAAAGAAAAAUGAAACAAUACCAAGAAAUUGCUUUAAAGAAUGGUGGUUAAUGAAAUAA